UUUUAACAAUCAAAAAAUGUUGUUUGACCCCAAAAAGUUAACUGUAUUCACACUAGGGAUGCUCUUGAUGUCCCUGUUCUGCAUGCCUGUAAUGGGACAGAAGUGUACCUGCCAAGAAACCGGGAAAGAGUACCUAGCCCAGAGAGAAGUUGGGGAUGGCUUCCAUAGUAUAAACCUUCACCUAUAUGAAGACAUUGAUCAGACAGGUGACGAACUUAAAGUCACCCUUGCUGAUGAAGUUGAUAGGAUUGUGGUAGUUGUAUGGUACAAUAACUUGUAUGGUAAAUGGACCCAAAAUAGGAUAAACCAAGAAACUAGAGGUACUCUGAUGAGUAUUCUCAAGAAUAAUCAUCCUAACGUAAUUUAUCACGAAGCUGACAUAUCAACUUACAACAGAAACGCUUAUACAUAUGAGGAAUUAGCAGAUGAGCUUGGUAUUAUUCUCAGCGACUUGCAAUACGGCCCAACAGUUGUUGUCAUGUAUGAUCAAAGAGGCUCUGCUCUCAGAUCUGAGAAAGGAUCUCUCUCCCUUGUCUCUGCAGUGGAUAAAGAAAUCCACCGAUUCGAGCUCGAAGAUUUUGGAUCCACUAACAAAGUUUGUGAUGUAGAUUACGAAAUUGAAGCUAUGAAUCAGUUUAAGAUGUAUGCUCCUUGGGAUAACUAUGAUUCAUAUCAACCUGAUAGCGAUGAGAUAGGUCAUGACAGACAUAUACAGAAGAAUACUGCUGCUAAAGGCAUCAAUAAAGACAGCUAUCAUGAUCGCAUUCAAGAUCAUUCAUGGGUUGAACCAAAACCUCCAACCACAAAGAAGUAUGUACUAAAAGAGCCUGAUAAGUCAUUUUCUGACUACACGAGAAGGAGAAGAAGAUAAAUUACAUAAAAAUUUUGGGAAAGUGAAUGUCUAAAGUGUUUGCAGACAUCAAUCCCUAAUUACUUAAAAUUGCUUU